AAUCAGUGUGAGUUUGUGGCCAAAAAUAUGCCCACAUUGAAGGAGCACCUGCUGGACCAUUGUUAAUUUUUACUGCGAGCUAAUUCGGGUGAUUUCCGCUAAAAAAAAUGCAAAAGCCAAAAGAUUUAAAUUAUUUUCGAGGAAAUUUGCUCCGGCAAGUACACGAGGAAAAAAAUAUCCUAAUCAAAAACGAUCACGCUUGGGUAGUGAAUGAUGCUUAUCCAAAAGCUCAAUAUCAUUUUCUAGUUGUUUCUAAAGAAGAUAUUGAAAAUGUAACAAAGCUAACGGAGGACCAUCUGCCUCUGCUGGAUCAAAUGCUUGACCUGGCCCAUAAGAUUAUCGAGGAGAAGGCCAAAGAUCUGUCCUCGAAUUUUCUCAUUGGCUUUAAAACGCAUGCUUUUAUGAAUCGUCUCAACUUACAUGUAGUCUCUGAUGAUUUUCAUGCUUUUUCGAUGCGUCGCAUUAAUCAUUGGAAUAGCUUCCAUACGGAAUUGUUUCUCCCAUUUCAAACUGCCUACAUGAUGCUCCAAAUGCAAGGUAGCAUUGACAUCAUGUCUCAGGAGGAAGCGGAAAAAUUAAAGCACAAAAUACCUCUGACAUGUAUACAUUGUGAUUUCAGUACAGAUUCCGUGGUGGAAUUGAAGGGACAUCUGUUUACCCAUUGGAAGAAACGUGAGGCUCGACGUGAACAUAAGCAACGCAUGGAAACUCUUACCCAUGUCUUGGAAGCCAUUAAGUUGGAGGAAAUAAAGUUUGAGGCCGAGCAGGAGCUAGAGAAUAAUGAGACUGAGGCAGCAGCUAAGAAGACGCAGGAGCAGGAAGAGAUUUUCAAAGCCCAACAAUAUCAUCGUCCCGGCAAAUAUUAUCCCAAUUAUCCACAACAAAAUCAAGCUCAUGAAGGAUUUGUACCCAAUAGGAUGAAUCAUCCACAGCAGCAGCAUCCUAAAAAUCAAUUUCCUCAUAAGAAAUAUGUAAAUUAUGAAACUCAAACGCUACCCCAGCAGUACUUUGUGCCAUGUAACCCUAAUCUAAUGAUUAAUCCAAAUAUGAUAAUGCCACCACCGAACGGAAUCAAUCCCAAUAAUCCAUUUCGCCAGCAACCAGCUCAGUGCCUUCAGCCACGUCCGAAUGUCGGGCCAUGGCAAAACUUGAAUGGUGGAAAUCCUCAAAUGCAUUAUCCUCGUGGGCCACCGCGCCAACCCCAUCCAAAUUACCCAAAUCAGAAUCAUCAUCAAGGACCUCGAUAUCCUAACAAUCGAAAGACACAGCCGCAAAAUGGCCAGCAAACGGUUAAUCAACCGAAAUCCUACGAAGUGAAAUCAAAUCCUUCUGUGGGUAAACCUUCAACGGUUCCAAAUCAAAAGAAUCAACCUCCAAAAUGGCAGCAAAAGAAACCGCCGCAGGAGCAGCAACAACAGCAAUCGGAGCAAUCAAAGAUCAAUGCAAAAAAGGAAGAUGAAGCAAGUCCUGGUGAAAGCAAAGCUACUGCUGAGGCUGCUUCUUCUACUGCUUCUGGAAAACAAUAUGUUAAAAAGAAGUGGCCGAAAAAGAAGAAACCAAAUAAGGCAGGCAACGCUCGCGGAGCUGCGGCUCCCGACCCAGCGGAUAAAACCCAAUCCGCAGGACCUCAGGCAAAACCAGCUGACACCUAGGUCCUAUACAUAACAUAAACUCACAAUUUAUUGUGUUUAGCUUUAUCAUGAUAUAUUCAAAACCUGUCGAUAUCAACAAGGUAUAACUUCCAUUUUGCUUUUUAUAUCAAAGAUUGUUACAAACCAAUUAAAGCAAAUUUAUUUUAAAGAGCUUAAAAAAAAUAAAGCAAGCUAAUUAAAAGCAUCCCUAAAACUAAGCAAAGUCAUCAAAACAAAACCUUAAGCAAAAUGAAAUGGUAUUGGUGGGACAUGAAUUCAUUGUAAAUUGCCGCUGGCGGACAUGAAAAUCCUUCGACCACCACACUACCAUGCCCUCCUUCCGCACACAUACACACACACACACAUUCUAAAUGCUCCAAUUAGAGAGUACAGUUUAUUCAUGUAGUUGAAGUUGCGCCUGAAAUUAUGAGCCCACAGCUAAUUAAAACAGAAUCCACAAGGCGUGGAUAAAACAAGGUUAAAAGAAAAAAAUUCAAUUACAUUUACCUACUCUUGAUUACACAGUUGAAAAGUAAGUGCAAAAGUUGAGAAUGGCCUUGAGUAUCGAUUUGGGCAUUGCAAAAUUGGCAGCUCAGGUGUAAUUUUGAGUACCUGAUGGUAAUAUGAUUACUCUUCAGCCACUUUACCUAAAAUGAUUAGGCCUUUCUGCCAAAAAGAAUAAGAAAAAGAGAAA